AUGCCGUCGAAGCUUCAGGAAUGGCUCGACAUUCCGCCAGGGACCAUACUGCAGCAUCUCCCGACGGGACCAUGGCGGAGCUUGUCAGAGGAGGAGAGCUACAUUCUCCUGCAUACGCUCGUCGUCGCCACCGGCACAUGGGCUCUGCUCUUCCUCACGCUCCGCCUCUCGAUUUUGUCGCGCGUCUCCUUCGAUUUCUGCAAUCGAGCCGUCUCGCAGGUGCACGUGGUCAUUGCUCUCGCUCUCUCCACAAGAGCUCUCAACUGGUCCGAUCCGCUCGGAAACUUUGGAGGCCGCAACACCCUUCCUCAGGUCCAAGCCAUGGUGAUCAGCCUGAGCUAUUUCCUCUAUGACUUCAUCUGCUGCAUGUUUGACGUCACCUUCGACUGGGCUAACGCCUUCCACCACGUCUUCUCCAUAGCAGGAUUUGCCUUUGGCCUCAUUUCUGGUCGGUGUGGGGAGGAGCUGAUGGCAUGCCUGUGGCUGGUGGAGCUGUCCAACCCGUUCAUGCACGCCAGGGAGAUGCUUCGCGAGCUGGAUGCGCCCAAGUCGGCGCUCACCUUUGCUGUUGAUCUGGCGUUUCUCAUUUCCUUCACAAUAGCCCGCAUGGUCGUGGGCCCUGUGGUAACAUGGCAGACUGUCAUUGGGACGAGCCCCACUGCUGUUAAGGUCGGGGCAGUGGCAAUCCAAGCCGUCAGCACUUUCUGGUUCUCCAAGAUCCUCAAUGCAAUAUUUCGCAUGAUUAGGCAAAAGCCCAAGCGAAGUUAG